CGACCUCAUCAUUACCAUUCAAUCUAUCUCUCGACUUACUUUGCCUCCCGUUGCUGGACGCGGGCUAUUACUAUCUUCUGUUAUUUUAUUAUUGUCUUCUCUUUUCUUCCUUUCCUCCCAUUGAUCUGCUAUUCAAUCACCUAAGAUCCAUCUGGGAUCCUAUUCAUCCUUCCCAUCUACUGUCGCAAUGGCGUCCGCACGCGGUCCACGAUGGCAGCAGUUCUUGCAGGAACUCGUGAUGGUGGCAGGCACCUCUGCAUCCGCAUACUUCCUCAUCCGUUAUCUACUGUCUCGCCUCGACUUCGACCCCGAGAGCCAGAAGAAAGAUGAACAACGAAAGAAAUCAGCAGCCAUCCUACGGAGGCUCGACGGGACCGAGGAGUCGGACGAUGAAUCACCACGUCGCGGUGAAAAGCGCCCGCGCCGGCAAAAGAAGGCGGAACUGACCCUGAACCAAUACGAGCAGGCCGUCGCAAUGGACGUGGUUGCCCCGGAUGACAUUCCCGUCUCGUUCGAGGAUAUCGGCGGGUUGGACACGAUCAUCGAGGAGCUGAAGGAGUCUGUGAUUUACCCCUUGACCAUGCCGCAUCUCUACGCCUCGACUUCGUCCCUCCUCACCGCCCCGUCCGGUGUCCUCCUCUACGGCCCCCCGGGAUGCGGCAAAACCAUGCUUGCGAAAGCCCUGGCCCAUGAAAGUGGGGCUUGCUUUAUCAACUUGCAUAUCUCCACCUUGACUGAGAAGUGGUACGGUGACUCCAACAAGCUGGUCAACGCCGUCUUCUCGCUGGCUCGGAAGCUCCAGCCUUCGAUCGUCUUCAUCGACGAGAUCGACGCCGUGCUGGGUACGCGGCGGAGCGGCGAGCACGAGGCCAGCGGCAUGGUGAAGGCCGAGUUCAUGACCCACUGGGACGGUCUGACCUCGGCCAACUCCACGGGCGAGCCGCAGCGGAUCGUGGUGCUCGGCGCCACCAACCGGAUCCAGGACAUCGACGAGGCCAUCCUCCGCCGGAUGCCGAAGAAAUUCCCCGUGGUUCUUCCUCCAGCGCAACAACGACUCCGCAUUCUCAGCCUGAUCCUCAAGGACACCAAGAUCGACCGCGAGAACUUCGACGUGCACUACCUGGUCAAGGCCACGGCCGGCAUGUCCGGCAGCGACAUCAAGGAGGCUUGCCGCGACGCCGCGAUGGUCCCGGUCCGCGAACUGAUCCGACAAAAGAAGGCGGCCGGACUGCAGAUGACAUCCGUCGAUCCGAACGAGGUCCGCGGUCUGCGGACGGAGGACUUUUCGACCCGUGCGGGGAGCAUCCGGGCGAUCCCCCCGCCGUCCCAGCUGCCGACGACUCUGUCCAGCAAAGCCAAUUCGGAGAAGGAGUGGAGCACGGAGUCCGAGGGCGUAUCGGAAGGGGAAACGCGGCCUUCUACAGACAUGGCCGAACCGCCGGAGUAGGGCAUUAAUCCGAAGGGGUGUGGGAUCUCCUGUCUAUAACACUUGUACACAGCAGCCGGGGUGGCGUUUGUUGGAUAUAAUACCAGUCAGCUUCUCC